UACACAACAACGCUUUAUAGAGAUUUUAACUACCAAUAGAUAUUCAUUAUUGAUCAGUAAUUCUUCUAAGUUAUAGAAUUGUUUCGAGGCACUCUACCAUUCGCUGAAAUGCUAUCUAAUUAUUGCUUAAGGCAUUCCUUGGAUCCUUAUUAAAGUAUUUUAUCGGUUGUUUUAUAUUGUCCUAAACCUUCAGCUGCAACAAAAAUGUCUUUACAGUUGAAAAACCUUGAAGUGCAAUUAAAACCAUUUAAACCAAAUCAGUCUUUAGCUUGAUUCCAUUUUGGUGAUAUUUAUAUUAAUACAAGUAAAGAAAAAGUAGACGGAAAAAAUGUUUAUUGUAUAAUUUGUUUUGAUAAAGAAAAAGAAGAAAAUGGAGAUUUUAUCUUGAUGAGCUGCCAACUUAUAUUAACAUGUUAUAGUGAAGGUGUUAGUACCUGUUAUGUAUUAAGUCAUUUAUCUGCGAAACACGAAAUAACAGAUAAAAAGCAAACACUGAAAACCAAAAAACAUAUUACCACAUUUUUUAAUCCGGCGUCAUGCAGAACGUCAACAUCAUCAAAACAAGAUCGAAAAGAACAGUUGCGAAAAUCAUUAACGUUAAUGUGUUGUACAUCACUAUUGCCAUUUUCAAUUGUAGAAAACGAAGGAUUUCAAGAUUUUUUAGUGUCGUCAAGAGUUGCAUCAUCACGUGCCGAUAUAUCAACACGCACAACACUUUGUCCGAACAAUGUUAAUAAAAGUUUCAAUGUUUAUUACGAGAAAUUAUUAAAACAACUUAAAUUGGCUCCGACAUAUCCAAAGGACGUCGAACAAUUUCUGAGGAGUAUCAAGAACCUAACAAAGAGUGACACGGAAAUCACCGAUGCUCAGCGGUUGGAAAUUGUUCGAGGCAAAUUAACCCAGACGGCCGGUAAAUGGUUCGACGAUAAUGACUUUCAAACAUGGUUAGAAUUUGAAACAGCAUUUCGAAAUCGAUAUUCCUCAUCCACGCAAUCUCAACUUAGGUUCGAUCAGUUAUUACAACGAAAACAGGAGCCAUCUGAAUCCGUUGCCAUGUAUUUCGAUGAUAUUGUAUCAUUAUGUAAAGAAUUAGACUCAUCAAUGUCAGAGAAAAUCAUAGUCCAACAUCUGAUGAAUGGCAUUCGUCCCGAAUUUCGAAUGCCACUCUUUCGUCAUGAGCCUCCGAUCC